GACGAAGUUUUUCUUCUUCUUCUUUCUUUUUAUCUAUCAAGUAUUCACUGCUUUUGUCUUCCUGCUGCUUGCGAAUUGAGUAAGCAAGCACAUUGUGUGGAAAGCGAAUUUGAUUCGUACGUUUGGGACUCGGCAUCUAGCAUCGUCAUCCUCAUCAUCGUCAUCGUCGUUGUCGCAUAAGAUAAGCCGACUUCAGCUCCAAGCUAUUUUUCCACCAUAACCAUAUCACCACCGCAAUAAUCACAUAUAAAAAUAAUCGCAAAAAUUUGACCGUCGCUGUCGCAUCAAUAAUAAUAUAUUCCUCACCUCUCGACCAAAAUCUGAAGAGAUAAAACAAAACUCCUUACCAUGCUCUUCGGAAUGUUCUUCGCCUUUUGGCGAUUCUGCGAGAUCAUAACUCUGAUCCCAACAUUAGGAAUGCUCGCAUUCUUCGUCAAUAUUUACGCAUCCAACAAUGCGCUCACUCCAAACUACAUCCUAGUGCUGUUCAUCGUCUCGGUGCUCGCCUGCGCCUGGGCCAUCGCAACCCUCUUCACCUACCACCGCGCCCGCUCCAACGCGCUCUUCGUCUCCUUCAUCGAUCUCUGUUUCGUGGGGGCAUUCAUCGCCGGCGUUUACGAACUCCGCUUCAUCACCAACUCAGAUUGCUCGCACCUGACCACUACUCCCGGCUACUACAUCAACUUCGGAGCAUUUGGAAACGCGAAUAUCAACGGUGUGAGUGUCAAAGUUGACAAGACGUGCGCGAUGCUGAAAGCGUGCUUUGCGUUUGGAAUCAUGAAUUGCAUUUUCUUUUUCAUUACGAGCUUGCUGGCUUGUAUGGUGGGUAAGGGGCAUGAGAGAUCGGGAAGGAGAGAUGAGAAGGUUUAUGUUAGGGAAACCCAUGUGACGAGACAUGGUCACCGCAGAAGUGGAAGCCACAGGAGUAGACGAAGUGGAAGUCACAGGAGAACGUAUGUUUGAGGGGGAGGAUUAGGGAAAGGGGGAUGUGUUAUGUUAUGAUGGGAUUGGAUGGGAUGGGAUGGGAUGGGAAGGAGAUGGGGAGUUACGGCCGAUUUAAUGUUUUACUUUUUCAUGGAAUGGAAUGAAUGAAUAGAUGAGGGGCUGGGGCUGGGAAAGAAAGGAAUGAGAAAAAGAUAAGGUUGCUCUGGAUGGAUCAAUAGGAUAAGAUAUGUCAUUAUGCAUCUUUGAUAACGAGGACGAAAUGAAAUAAAAUGAAAUAGGAUAGGAUAGGAUAGGAUAGGAUAGGAUAGGAUAGGAUAAUGAAUCAAUGCGAUAAUCUACACA